UGUUGUCUCCCACGCAUGCUUCCUAGUUUCCUCAUGUGUCAUGUGAGUUUUGACCAUGAGUUCCUCCCUGAUGUUGAAACUUUAUCUGUUAGAAAUCGUUAAGGCCUUGGUGAUGUUGUCAUCUUCCAGAGAGGAAUUAUGUUUGUAUCUGCCACUAACCUGAAGACCUCACUUGGUUUUGCUUCAGGGUCAAAUUGACAUGAAGCAGGUGAUAGCAAAGAAGAGGCAGCUGAUAGCAGAAGCACAGGAAUUAAAGCCACUCUUCUUGAAGGAAGUUGGCAGUCACUUUGAUGAUUUUGUGACCAAUCUCAUUGAAAAAUCAGCAUCAUUAGACAAUGGUGGCUGUGCUCUCACGACUUUUUCCAUUCUUAAAGAAAUGAAAAACAACCACAGAGCUAAAGACCUGAGAGCACCUCCAGAGCAGGGGAAGAUUUUUAUUGCAAGGCGAUCACUCCUGGAUGAGUUGUUUGAAGUGGACCACAUCAGAACAAUAUACCACAUGUUCAUUGCCCUCCUCAUUCUCUUUAUCCUCAGCACGCUUGUAGUGGAUUACAUCGAUGAAGGGAGGCUGGUGCUCGAGUUCAAUCUCCUGUCUUAUGCUUUUGGCAAAUUUCCUACUGUGGUUUGGACCUGGUGGACCAUGUUCCUGUCUACACUUUCCAUUCCUUACUUCUUGUUUCAACAUUGGGCCAAUGGCUACGGCAAGAGUUCUCAUCCACUGAUCCAUUCUCUCACGCAUGGCUUUCUUUUCGUGGUCUUCCAGCUUGGAAUUCUCGGGUUUGGGCCAACGUAUGUUGUAUUAGCAUAUACGCUGCCACCAGCUUCCCGUUUUAUCAUUAUACUUGAGCAGAUUCGUAUGAUAAUGAAAGCUCAUUCAUUUGUCAGAGAAAAUGUACCUCGGGUACUAAAUUCAGCCAAGGAGGAGUCAAGCACUGUUCCAAUACCCACAGUCAACCAGUACUUGUACUUCUUGUUUGCCCCCACCCUCAUCUACCGGGACAGCUACCCCAGGACUCCCACCGUAAGAUGGGGUUAUGUUGCCAUGCAGUUUGCACAGGUUUUUGGUUGCCUUUUUUAUGUAUACUACAUCUUUGAACGGCUCUGUGCCCCAUUGUUUCGGAACAUCAAACAGGAACCUUUCAGCGCUCGUGUUCUGGUCCUGUGCAUAUUUAACUCCAUUUUGCCAGGUGUGCUCAUCCUGUUCCUCACCUUCUUUGCCUUUUUGCACUGCUGGCUCAACGCCUUUGCCGAGAUGCUGCGCUUCGGGGACAGGAUGUUCUACAAGGACUGGUGGAACUCCACAUCCUAUGCAAACUAUUAUAGGACCUGGAAUGUGGUGGUCCAUGACUGGCUAUAUUACUAUGCUUACAAGGACUUGCUCUGGUUUUUCACCAAGAGGUUCAAGUCUGCUGCCAUGUUAGCAGUCUUCGCCUUGUCUGCCGUUGUGCAUGAGUACGCCCUGGCCGUCUGUCUGAGCUAUUUCUAUCCAGUCCUUUUCGUGCUCUUCAUGUUCUUUGGGAUGGCUUUCAACUUCAUUGUCAAUGAUAGUCGGAAAAGGCCAAUUUGGAACAUUUUGGUGUGGGCUUCGCUGUUCUUGGGCCAUGGAGUCAUUCUGUGUCUUUACUCUCAAGAAUGGUACGCACGCCAGCACUGUCCUCUGAAAAACCCCACGUUUCUGGAUUAUGUCCGACCGCGUUCCUGGACUUGUCGCUACGUGUUUUAGCAGCUGGGAUGAUGUUUCCUUCGUUGUCACUGAAGUUGGAGCAUUCUGCCUGGUUUGGGGCCAACUGACUCCAGCUGCUACUGAAGUUACCUGUAUUUUUUGGAACACUCCAGGCUUUCCUGAUGGCUCUAUUUCCAGGACACCAGAAGCUGUGCUAUUCAGACAUCCCUGAGGAAGACACUUCUUUAUAGCGGGGAGGGAAAGUCUGCCGGCUUGAGCCUCAGUAAAUGCAGUGUUUCGUUUCUUGACUCCGUCCAGCCAGGCUAAACCUCGAGUUUUCCUGGCUAAUGAAUUAGCCAUCACACUUGUGAAGACAUCAUUUAAGCAUCUGUGGCUUACAAUUUCUUUCAUAGAUACUGUUUGGAGGAAUAUUAAUUAAACAUACAAAGAAGAUAAUGUAGAAUAAUUGUUUUUGCUAUUUCUAGUAGAAGGAUAAAAUCUAUUUUCCAAACGUAAUCUUGUUAUGUAUUAACGUUUUAUAUUUUGUUUGGAAAAGUUCAGUUCUGCUCAAGUUUUAGCUUCUUCAUACAGUAUAGAUGAUAAUUUUCAUGCAGGACAAAGAUGCCUUCCACUGUGGACUCUGUGCUUUCCCCCAUUAAUAAUUCAUCCUGACAGGACCAGAAGUGGGAAGGAAAAAAUUUAUCUCAGAUUUUAAAGUUUUAAAGAAAUAUUUGCAGUGUCAACCAUAUUUUUAAAUUAUUUUAUCAUGAAACUUACAUGGAAGAUAAUUUUUUAACCUUAAGAACACAGGGGUACUUUUGAAAGUUAGUGGAAACUAAAAGGUAAGUUACUUUUGGCAAAAAUAUUUUUGAAAUCCACGCAUAUUCCAGAUGUUCCGUGGAAGAUGUCUGUUACGCAAGAAUUAUGUAUGGAUUUCACAAGUUUUUUUGUACCAGAAGUAGAACUUAACCUUUACUUCCAUUUCCCAUGAGUUUUUUGAAGUAUUCCCAUGGUCUCUGAAGUUUUGAAGUAUCUUUGGGUACAGUUAUUGUCUAAUAAAUACUUAUCUUGAAGUCUUUUGCAGAUUAAUGCAUUCGUCUGUAAGAGAAGUGUUAACUCA